GCCGGAAGUCGGCGGCGGAAGCGGCGGAGCGGUGUCCGUGUGCGCGCUGUUGCCGUUGCUGGCCGCAGCAGCGGGGCGCGGGGGCGCCUGGCGGGGCGGAGCCAUUGGAUCAGGGGAGUGUGUCCGCCCUCCCCUCCCCUCCCGGCCGGGCCGGGCCCGGCCCAUCCCGUCCGUCGGCCGAGACAGGUUUUGCUUUUCUCCGUCACGAAGUCCUCACCUCAUCGUCAGUCCUAACAAACAGAGAGCAUCAGCUACAUUUUACUGGAAAGAAUUCUCUUCCCGUGGUGACUUAAAGAUGGAUUCUCCCAAAGAACCUCAGCCUACAGGAGAGUUCAAAUGUCAGCUAUGUGGCUUAACAGUUCCAUACACGUACUAUGGGCAGAAACCACCAAACACACGCUCUAUCGAGCUUUUGGAAGACUGCUAUGUCAUGAAGGAUCCUUUCACACCUGCCAAAGAAAAAAUCCUCAUCCUUGGGUCUCUGUGCAGUUUGUGUGGCCGAUCAGUGUGCGUAGGUACAGAGUGUAGUCUGUUCUAUUCCAAAAGGUUCUGUCUCCCCUGUGUGAAUGAAAACCUACAGUCUUUUCCUUUGGAAAUACAAGAAGAUAUGGAUAAAAGAAAGUCCCAGCAAAAAUCCUUCCCUGGUAAAAAUAUGGAUACAAGAACUUAAAUACUGAAGGACAAGAGAGAGAGACAGUUCUUUGGCUUAGCUUUCUGCUCUCUCCUUUUUAAGACUAUCAUGUUGCUCCUUUUAAAGAAGUGACCUUUAUCAGCUCACUACUACAGAAAACAGUGACAUAUUUCCUUACAGCUGGCUUGGCUUCAAGCAUCAUCAUGCAGCAGUUGCAGCACCAGCAGUAACACCUUAAGGUGUUGAAAAGUUAGAAAGGCAGACAAGCCUGUUGUCACAUGUCAAAUGCAUGUAGUAAAAAACUAAACAGUGUUAAAGUAUAGGAACUAUGUCCAAAUUUCUCAUUUGUUAUUUUACUGUUUUGUAUUGUUCUUGACACUCCUACAGUGUUAUGAAAAAUCAGAGAGAUUUAUCCAUUUGGUAUAUAUAAUUUGGUAUAUGUCCAAGAAAGUUAAUAUAUACCAAGUGUUAACCUGACAAUGCUAGCUUGGUAAGAUUACAGUAGGAAAUGAAUUCAAAGCUUUAUUUUUAAGUCUAAAAUAAAACUGUUGGGAGAAAAUGUCAUAGAUACCCACAGAAAUACCUAGAUUCAGGAUCCUAAUCUCAGUAGUAUCACAGCAUUAAGACUUCUGAGGGUGAGAGCAUUUAUAAUGUAAUAAAAAAAUUUUAAAUG